UACCAUGUUCAUGGACAAGGUUUUCAGCAAUUCAGAGAAGAUAAACACAUCAUCAGUUGACCCAAAGAAACUAGCGUCAGAUGUGUUAAAAGUCAGUGAGAAGCUUGUGUCAAUGUUGGUGAAGCCAACAAACACCUAUGACAAUGUCAGUUUCACUCGUGCAGCUGUGGAGGCGCAAGUGUUUGUUGUUGGACCACAGGCCAACCUUGAUAAAAUCCCUCAGCUCAACACAUCAUAUGCUUCUAUAGACAUUGAUCUUAUUGGGAUCGCCAGGAACAAAUUGAAUUCAGGAUUAGCUGCUGUGGCUUUUAUGAGCUACAACACAAUGGAGGACCUACUGAAACCAGACUUCUUCAACACAUCAGAUAACACAGUUAAAACCAUGAUGUCCACUGUCAUCUCAGCUACUCUACCUAAAACCACCAACACAACCCUCACCAAACCAGUCAACUUCACCCUCAAACACAUCAGAGAGAUAAACGACAGUGGUAAUCUUUCCUGUGUGUACUGGAACAUCAGUGAGUGGAUUGUAGAUGGUUGUUCUGUUGUAAAGACCAACAGGAGUUUCACUGUGUGUUCAUGUAUUCAUCUGUCAACAUUCGCUCUCAUCAUGCAAACCAGCAGCAGAUCAUCAGAGGUAAGACAACCUGACACAGAUGUGACUUAA